AUGAGUUCAAACGUCUUAACUUCAGGUGCCAUAGAGGAGGUUGUCCAACUACUGGGAUUGGACCCUACAACUUCACCGACGGAAUCCGACAUUUUAAAGGGAAAUCCUUCAGCAACUGGAACCUUACAUAAAUGGACAGUCGCCAUAACUCUAGGGGCACACUUUCGGCUAUCUAGAUCAUUUGUCAAAAAUAUUAACACAGUAAAACUUGAUGACGCGAAAUUAAGGGUAAUUCUAGAGUCAAUUGGAGGAGAAACUAAAUGUAACACCCACGACGCCCUCAAUAUAUUAACAUACACUACACUGGAAUGUCUCAAGUAUCCGAGAUUAACUAAAAUUACUUUGGACGCAUCUCAAGAUGCCGGAGAGAUGUUCUUAGCUUUUGUGUUCUUACUAAGUGCCCUUGAAUGGUUCAACAUCACAGAGAAGAAAUGUCCAGAGUACCUCGAAUUUCGAAGAUGUUUAGUAAGCGCUGUAGAUGACGAAAUCGGCAUUACACAAGUGUCUAAACUAUUGGAGUCAGCGGGAACAGACACAAAUUUGGCGGACGUAGGGCUAUUACUGGAUCGUCGUUAUGCAGGUCACAUUGAUGCCAACGCCGGAGAAGGCGUUUCCGUUAGAGAAAUGACUGAAGCCACAAGAAAUGAACAAUCACGAGGAAUGAACAUGAUAGGUGAUGAUGUGAGACUUCACUUUUUAAAGGCAUCUGAACCUCGCGGUAGCGGACGUGUUGCGCGCAAAAUACAUUCUACAAGGGAGGAGAAAAAUUCUGACAACCUAACCCCAAUUGGUUCUAAAGGCGUAUCCAAGCUGAUAGAUUCAUCCACUAGCAAAAAUAGGUUCUCAGCACAAAGUAAGAUUUCAACGAAGGUGCCCUCAAGUAAUACACUACCUCUUGCAAAACGCGAAAGCGUUGGCAAAGAGGCGCUUCAAGCCAGCAUACAAUCUGUUCUAGUCGAUGUCGAAAAUGCUGUGUCGCGUGUUGAAUCCGACUUCGGAGCAAAGUCACAGCUGUUAUGCCGCAGCAAAAACGCCGAGACUUUUGACUCUGAACUCCUCCGCAUUAUAAUUGGUCAAAGCCAACAACAGGUGAUUUUCAACAACCUUAUGGAUAACAACAACCUGAACCGUGCUGUCCCUGAAGAUAACCCAGGAUCCAACAAAGUAAUAACCGGGCAGCGCAUUCGUGCGGGAAUAUGUUCUGAGAAAACACAUAGGAGCGUAUCCUCAACAGAAUAUGAGAUUAAGUCACUCUUAGACGAAAUUAAAGAGCUAAGUAACACCGUCAUGCAAUCGCAAUACAGGCUAAAACACUUAUCACACUGUGUGGAACAUGGUGAUAUGCAGAGGCUGAAGCAAUUCGCUUCGCUGUCCGAGAAUCGCAAGACCUAUGAUAAGCCGUUGGGCGGUAAAAGCCAAGAAACGGCACAUCAAGGAGGUACAUAUAUAAACGACUCUUACAGCAUGCCGAGCCCAGCCGAGUGGCUGUUAAUAGCCCAAAAGGAUCCCUUUGAUCGUCACUUGGCUCUACUCAAAAUGAUUGCUAAGUCGCUGGAUAAUGAGUCCAAGAGGUCCUCAAUUUAUGGAGCUGCUUUGCAGGUGUUGAAACAUAAAAAGCCACAAGCAACGUCAAAGCGCACUACUGGUUCGAGAAUUAACAGUUUAGACAAGGGCGUCGCCCUCAUCACGAUCCCCAAAAGAGUCAAGGAGAUUGUUAACACCCUAAAAAGCUUCAUUGUAGAGGGUAUACCCGCUGAGAACUUUCGAGAGGAGAAUGCUCAAGGAGCUACGACGGCCAAACAGAAGGCCACAGACUUCUUGAGACAUAUUAACUCAAGUUUCGCAAAUUAUCGCAGUGCAACAUUAAACAGCGAGAAGGGGAAAAAGGGAGGGUUUUUAAAUUACCUAACGUGCACACUGAAGUCGAGCGUUCGAGAGGGAAACGCAUCCAAUGACGCAUACACGGACACAAAAAGUAUUGUCGAGAAGAUGCUGCAUCUAUUCGAAGACGCGUGCAAGCACGAUCCCAUGAUAGAGUUUGCUGCGCUAUCCGACUGGAUUCACCACUAUAAUGAAAACGAUGCUCACGAAAGGACCAAUCCGGAUACUGUCAAUGGCGGUAACCAACGUUUCGGGGAGUCCGCGAUCAGUCAGCGUGAAGCCGACGACUUUGAAUGGCUACAACGGCUGGUUAACCACGAAACAGGUACCGUAUCUCGUAACGAGAAACAUAAGAACGACGACUGCACCAGCUCAUCUCGUCCUAAAAGCAUUCUAGAUUUCGAAUAUUAUUUCAAUCUCGCCCGAGAAGCGUACAACACUAAGGAAUCGAUUGACGUCAUGAACACGGCACCCACAUUUGAUACAUUCGGCGACGUGUUGAAUAGGCAUAAUGCUGCAAUGGAGAAAACGAAAACCACGUCAGUUCUGGAAGCUAAGCAUUGCCUCGAGAGUGUUCGCAAACAGAUGCCAACCAUAACGUUUUUAGAGUGA